AUGGACAACUACGACAUCCCCCACGAGCCCAUCCCAGAAGUCACACCCGUCUCGGCCAGUUACUUCUCGGCAGGCCCCAAAACAAAGACAAAAACCGUCUCCGACCGCCUCGCUGCCCACCUCGCCAAAGAAUUCAACGGCAAGCGAGGUUUCGACGGGCAGUUCUUCCACCGCCCUAUCAAGCAAGACCCUGCACAAACACCCUUUGACAAUGCCGCGAUACUCGAAUCAGAUGAGAAAGGCCGCUACCUAUUCCGCAACCAUUUUGGUCAGGUAGCGCAUAAAUACGAAGAUGUGGCUGCGUACCUGAGUCCGACGAUCUUUAAACCUCGACGGCUGGUUGUGCAAGCUACGAGGUUCGUGUAUGAGAAUCGGAGAGAGGAAGGGGAUUGGGGGCGUACCAGUGUGACGGGGUCGGUCCCGACUGUUCUGAGAGUUUCGGAGUGGGCGUUGAGACCAUCGAAUCCGGAUGCGAGGGGGAGGAAAAGUGUUCUUGGGCGAGUCGAAACAUUUUUCAGGAUCUUGAUGGUGGCGGUCCCGCUUCAGAUUCUGUUGGUGCUGCCUACCACUUCCUCGUGGGAUGAUGAUGAGGUUACGGACUUUUAUAAGGAUUUCCCUGGAUAUCAUUGGAGAUGGCCGAAACAUGCUAUCAAUCCUCUUGAUAGAAGACCCGGCAAACCGUCUACUGAUAUGGCAGUCAAGGAAGUCUCGUCACGAAAAAGAAUGUUGCGUCCUAGACAGCUGAUGGUCUUGCGGGAUGGGAAGUUUGAGUUGGAUGAUAAUCCCGCAAAAGACAUCUCGUACUUGUUUAUCAGUUAUACGAAUAUGCAUUUUGAUGCCGAUAAUUCGGCAACGGGUCGAGAUCAGAUUGAAGAAAUGGCUGCAUAUGCUUCGCUUCAAGCGGGGAAGACUGCUUAUUGGCUUGACUUUCGCUGCCGUGCUCCGGGAAAUGGCUCGCUCCUUGAUUCAGAUGUGUACAGAAUGUGCGAUGUCAUCCGUGGCUGCUAUCAAGUUGUCGUCAUGUUGAAAGGGAAUGACAACAAACUGAAGCAAGAAUGGGGAUCGAGGAUGUGGACACUCCCAGAAGCGCUCCUCGCACCAGGGGAUCGCAUCUACUUCUGCACACCAAGCCGAGACACAGAUCCAAAUAAAUCAAGCUUCAAACUCACUUCCCUGCUCAAGGUCGAAAUGACCGGCACAGUCUGGGAUGACCCUAUCUCAUCCGGAGAAGACGGUGGCCCAACCCGCCUCCUCGCCGAACACUUCUCCGGCCUCCUCACGCUUUCUCGUCUCGAGAUCCUCUCAAACGCCAUUGUAACGCUCAGCGACCGCUUCGCAAAUAACUACAAGGCCUUCGCUAAAGCAGACAUCGCAUACGCCCUCAUGGGCCUCCUCCACUACCACAUCUCCAAAGACAAAGACGACACGCCCUUCCAAGCCAUCGCGCGGCUCUCCCUCUCCAACGACUCCGACCGCCUCAUCGAGCGCAUGGUCUGCCUCUUCCCCGAUCCUCACCACCAAUUCCAAGUACCAUCAACAUCACCAUCACCAUCACCAUCACAACCUCAAUCUCCAACCAAACGCUCCCCCUUCGAGCUCCUCGCCCGCCCAGACCUCUACCACACGCACCUCUGGGACAUCACGCCCCUCUGCCAGAUCGUCGGCGUCGCCGACGAAGACAACACCAUCCUCCUCGACAACUGCAAGGCCCUGCACAUCCGCUGGAAAAACUUCCCGCGCAUGAAGGUCGUGCGAGACUACGGCCUGAAGAAGCUCGUUGCCCGACUGUUCGUCCACGCAGGAGCUUGGUGGUUUCUGUUAGCCUUCGCCCUGACUGUCGCCUUCGCGCCAUUCAUUGCUCUACACGAACACUUGAAAGAUGAGGAGCAGGUUCCUGAACUGCGGCGGCUGUUCUGGACGCUGGGGUUGCUGGUCAGGGUGCUGCAGUGGCUGGACGCGGGGCUCGGUGCUGUGGCUUUCAUGUUCUCGCUUGUGGCGCCGUUUUCUGUUCGGCGGUUGUAUGGCGGGCAGGUUUUGAGAUCGGCGCCUUGUCUGGUGGGGUUUGAGGGCGUGAUGGAGUUGAAGAAGUUAGAGAAGAUUGUGUUUGGGAAUUGUAGUGGGAGGUUGUCGUAUGCGCCGUCGGCUACGCCAUUUAGUUAUCAUUAUCGCGAUGCGAGGGAGAGGGUGGGCUUGGAGCCUGGCUGGAUUGCGAGUUCGAGGACGGAUCCGAGUGGCUUGAAUGCUGUGUUGCAGGGCUUGCCGAAGGGCCAUCAUUUGUUUACAUUGGUGGAUACGGGAUGUUUGAGUGUUUGUGUCUUCAGCGCGGAGAGGCCGCCGACUGUGGCGUUGCUUUGUGGCAGGGAGGGGGGUAUGUUGAGGGCGGUGUUGUGUAGUUGGAGGUUUGGGAAUGAUUGUCUGUAUAGGGAGACGGUGGUUAGGCUGCCGAGCGAUGUGUACGAGAAUGCGAAGGCGAAGAGUUGGCUGAAGGUCUGUUUGGGGACUAGGUAG